AUGUUGAACGCUAAGCUUAACGCAUCGAGAGAAAUGGCUUGCAGGACCCUUUCACAUAACCCAAGAAUUUCCCAAGAGUCGAAAUGUUGCCUAGACAAUAUUGCCCGCCUAAUCGUCUUGCGUCUUGAGCAGACAAGCAGUGGACAACGCAACAAGGCGCCCGCUGCUAUAGCAAAGACUGAGAUCUGUAUCAUGGUGACUCUUGAUUCCGCACGUCCUACCAUGCCGAUGAUAGAGUUGGCUACUGUUAUGGGAAUGAAGGUGAAAGCAAGCAUAGCCAUUACACGCAGAUAUCAGCUAGAACAAGUAGACUUGCAAGUUGUCAUUCUUUUGCUCUCCAUAAUACUCCUUCGCGCCAUUUCCAUCCUUCUGCUUGAAGUAAUAUCCAUAGCCUACCUCCAUUGCCUUGUAGCGUUUGUAGAGAGCCUUCUCUUAAGGUCGAACGUCGCUAAUCGACUUCAUCUCUGGGAUUUUGCCACAGGUUGUGAUCGCCAUUUGAUGCUGGAGAAGUCCUUCCGGAGCGAUUCGAGCUCGUGCGAUCCUUCUCUAACAGCCAGCGCUGCGCAAGCCUACACCUUUGAGUAUACUGGUUCGUGUUUCUGGGAUCCAUUAAAACCAUCUCGUGCGGAAAGAGAUGGAGCUUCAGCAGGAAUCAAAGACUGUAGUUUGGUUUCUCAGUUGUCUGACAGGAAAAGAGGUCGUCGAGCAUUGUUUAAGGACAAUCAAAAUAUCAGAUCCGGACCUGAUGACAUUGUUUCUUCUAAUCCAAGAAGUGCGACCCUGCUGAAUAGGUACGCCUAUAUGUCAGUAUUAAUAUCGACGGAGCUCCAAGAGCACAACCUGAUAGGUGAUCUCUGGAACGAAGUUUGUCGCGCAAUUGGUAUCUCUUUACAUUCUGUUAUUCCUUCGGGGCUUCCAACGAGGCGCAGUACUGUACGAUUGGGUGAUUUUGAGGCCUGUACGAGUGAGAUUUUGUGUGCGUUCGUACAAUAG